ACCAGCAUCAAAUUUCCAGCGGAGGUCGCCAGUUCCACAAUCUAGAUAUCAGUCUGUUUAUUCCAGCGAGAGUGCUCUCAACACUGUAUCAUAUUCCAAUACAAGCGUGAGGAGAAAGAAAAAUCAGGUCGAAACACACCGUGAGCCUACAUACAAGCCUGUUGCUGACCCACAGCCUGAGGUGGCGCUUGGGCUGGAGUCAGAACCUGAAGCAGAGCCAGAGCCAGAGCUGGAGCCUGAGUCCAUUUAUCAAGAUGAGGAUAUUGCGGUAGCUGUACCAGAUAUUGUCUCUUCAGAUUUUGGUGAUGGUGAUAAUGAUGAAGAUGAAGAUGAAAAGGAAGAACAUCGGAUUGAAGAUGGAGAUCUAAAUGCAUUAAAGCUCCCAGAACUGAGGGCUCUUGCAAAGUCUCGUGGCGCGAAAGGGUUUUCAAAGAUGAAGAAGAGUGAGCUGGUAGACUUGCUAAGUGCUACCUCUGUCUGA